AUUCAUACUUCAGUGGUAAAGGAGACUCCAGGGAGUACGGUUGCGUCUCGCAAUCGCUCUUCCUUUUAAAGAAAGAAAAUCGGAAAAAAGGAACAAUUCGAUAAAUCUUAUUAAUUUUUGUGGGUGUGUGUUGUUCUAGUCAAUACUUUUAAGUGGAAAACAAUGCCUGUCCCAUUAGGCCCUUCUAGUCACCAUCCCCCCUCCCCCCACACAACCACACUCCCUCCUGGGCCUCUAACCCCCCCUCCAGAAGAUGGCUGGACAUGGCCGUUGCCUGAGAACACCCACAGAAAUGUCCAUGGCAAUAAUAUCCAUGGGAUUUCCUCCAGUAAUAAUCGGGGGAAUGUGUAUGGCGAUACCCACAGCAGCACCCACCGCAUGGCGAACGAGAGGCCUGGCCACAUCCACAAUACCCAUAAUCUCUCCAGCAACGGUACCCACAAUUCCCACAGCGACAUCCUCUUCGAUGAGACGGAUCCAACCGUUCAGGCUGGAUAUAGGCACUGUCUUAGAGAAGCUGUAAGGUUUCUGGUUCAUGUUGAGCACCUCUCAUGGGACGACCCUAUAGUGAGAGGUCUGCUUGAACACCUAGCUCUCCCCCGUGCUCACGAUGAAUUGCAAAGGAUUGUGGAGACACUGAAUACUGACAAGGAGGAGGCCGAGAAGGAGGAAGGAGAGGAGGAGUUGGAUGAGAAGGAAGAAGAGGAGGAGGAGGAAAAGGAUGAAGAAGAGAGUGAAUGUUAUUCAUCGUCUUCCUCUUUGCCUGUUUCUUCUUUGUCUUCUGCUUCUGAUCUUCCAUCUUCCUUAAGGAAUGUAGGUUAUGAAAUUACCCUUACAGAAGACAGUGAUGAGGAGGACAUUGAGAGAGAAGAGGAAGAAGCAGAAGACAAAGAAGAAGGAGGAAGGAUGUUGGACAUGGAAGAAAUAGAAAGAGAAUUAACAGAAAUGCAAAGAAGAGAAGAGGCAAAGGCAGAAGAAAAAAGGCAGAGAGAUGAGAGAGAGAGAAGAGAAAAACGACAAAGAGAAGAGGAAGAAGAAGAGAGAGAGAGAAGAGAAAAGCGAAGGAGAGAAGAGCAAGAUGUCCAAAAAUCAGGAGAAAACCAAAGACAGAUUCAUAUGGAAAGAGUAGAAGCAGAAACAGAGAGUCAAAGUGGGACAGAAGAAGAAAGAGAUAUUCAAAUAGAAAUUGAGAACCAAAGAGAAUCCGAUAAGGAAAGGGAGAAGCAAAGAGCGGGGCCAAUAGCGAUAAGAAACGAAGAAAUGCGCAAACAGCUUUUACGUUACGUCUACCAAGGCUGCGACCUGAUAGUGACCCCCGCCCCCCUUCCUUCCCCCUCCGUGUUUUUAGCCAGACACCAUAUGUAAAUUUUUUUCAUGCGUUUCAAAAAUUCUCAUUAUUGAAAUGUAGAUAUUUAUCUCUUCUUUUUCUUUUUUUCAUUUUCUUUCUCUUUGUCUUCCAAUUCUCUUUUCUUUCUUUCUUUUUUCUUCCUCUUUUGCCUUUAACUCUUUAUUUCUUUUCUCCUUUUUUUUCUUUUUCUUCAUCUUUCUUCUCCAUUUAUUUCUUCUACUCAAAAUUAAGUCUCAAAUUGAAGAAAAUGAUCUCAUUGAUAUAAUUGGUAUUUAUUAUAAUGUUUUAUUUAUUAAUUUUAUAUAGUUAAUAUUGUUAACUUAUUCAUUAUUAUUAUGAAUAUUAUACAUGCAUACUUAGGUAA